ACUGAGAAAUUCUCAAGAGAAAGUAAAGCAAUUCCUAAAGAGAGUGAAAGCAGAUGGCUCUAACAACAAGGCAGCGGCGCUCGUCGCCGAUGGAUCUCCACACGACGUCGUCUCCUUCGCCGUACUCCAAGCUGGACAAGCCGGAAAGUUCGAGUUCCGGCGACGGCGACCGGGGGUUGGGGUGGUUCCUGCCGUUGAUGUCGCUGGGAAUGCUGCGGUACAUGAGCGCGUCAUCGAACAUUAUACACGACUGCGAUGAAGUCUUCAAUUACUGGGAGCCUUUGCAUUUCCUCCUCUACAAGUCCGGUUUCCAGACCUGGGAGUACAGCUCCGAGUUUGCACUGCGGUCAUAUCUAUAUAUUCUUUUCCACAACAUAGUUGGUUGGCCUGCUUCUUGGUGGUUUGGAGAAGAAAAGGUGAGAGUCUUCUAUGCUGUGAGAAUAUUUCUUGGCAUUCUCUCUGUCAUUGCAGAUGCUGCCCUCGUGGUAGCCAUUUCCAGGAAGUAUGGAAAACGUAUCGCUUCAUAUACUCUGGCAAUGCUAUGCUUAGCCAGUGGUUGUUUUUUCGCUAGCACCAGUUUCCUACCAAGUUCGUUCUCUAUGUAUGCUAUGUCUCUAUCAUCUGCACUGUUUCUUUUUGAGAAACCUGCAGCUGCUGUUGCAGUUGCAGCCACUGGAGUUAUUCUCGGGUGGCCGUUCUCAAUCUUAGCAUUUAUUCCAGUCACAAUUUUCUCCCUACUUAGAAGGUUUAAGUGGGCAUUUCUGUCUGGCGUGGUAACUUCCGUAACUCUCUUGGCACUAUCAGUUAUUGUUGACUACUUCUACUACGGAAAGUGGACAUCAUCUGUUCUCAAUUUAUUGAUCUAUAAUGUAUUAGGUGGUGGGGAGAGUCAUCUGUAUGGUACUGAGGGGCCAUUGUUUUACCUGAAGAAUGGCUUCAAUAACUUCAACUUUUGUUUCAUCCUUGCUCUGCUUUUUGUUGUAAUCCUUCCCAUUGCAAAAAGAAAGUAUGUUCCUGAACUGUUGGUGAUCGUCUCACCCAUCUAUAUCUGGGUAGCUUUUAUGUCUUUGCAGCCGCACAAGGAAGAGAGAUUCCUUUAUCCGAUAUAUCCACUUAUUUGUGUUGCUGCUUCAGCUGUCAUUGAGAGCUUUCCUGAUCUAUUUAGGGAUAAGUACGAUCCGAAUGGUUCUUCUUUGCUUGUUGUGAUAGCUAAAGCUGUACGACCGCUGGUUCUUGGAAUCAUUUUAUGUGCUUCCCAUUCUAGGACAUUUUCAUUGAUCAAUGGUUAUUCAGCUCCGUUGGAGAUAUACAAGCAUUUGGAACACCAUGAUGAUGCAGGGGAAGGUUCCGUCCUUUGUGUUGGAAGUGAAUGGCACCGGUUCCCAUCAUCUUUUCUUGUUCCUGAGUAUGUGGGGGAGGUUAGGUGGAUAGAUGAUGGGUUCCGAGGUCUUCUUCCAUUUCCAUUCAAUGCAACACUGGGUGGAACAUCUGCAGCUCCAUCUUACUUCAACAACAAGAACCAAGCAUCACAUCAACAAUAUUUCCAGGAUCUAGAUAAAUGCACUUUCCUUGUAGAAUUGCAGCUCCAAAGACCUUACCUUUCUCGUGGAAGUGACUUGAAAACAUGGGAGGUAUUGGCAGCAUUACCUUAUCUAGAUCGGGAAUUGUCACCUCCCAAGUACCGCUCGUUCUUUAUUCCAUACCUUUGGCAGCAGAAGAAUGUGUUUGGCUUGUACAAACUACUUAGGAGAAUACCAAACUCAUAACCAGAUUUGCAACAAGAUCUCCAACUUGUUGCAACAAUUAUAGUCUGAACUGAACCUCCAAUGCUCCACCCUUUGACCUUGUUACUGGUGCAAUCUAUAGAUGAAACUCACUCUUUAGAUACUAAUCCGAGUUUAGGAGAACUCUCUCAGUUGCUUCCACUCUGAGGAAGUUUAUGAGGAUUUGCAUCAAUUUUGUAAAAAAUGUAGAUUAUUUAUUGGUCUUAAUUUUUCCAGAACUAGUUGUAGUUUGUUAUCUAGUGUUAUAAUACAUUUCAUUUUCCCCAUCCCCCCAUGGUUUAUAGACUCAUUGGUGUUUUGGUUCUUUGUUUCAA